AAACCGGUUUUUGUUGUAUUAGCUUCGUGCCCUAUUGUAAAUAUGUAUCUCCAAAAGUAGGUCUGGACCUGGAAACUACACGGAAUAAGAAAACGACCUUCAGAUCACAGUGCACAAACUAUGAAGUCCGCUAAAACAAAAGGACAAAACAAGACGCUGAGACGCUGACCCACACAACACUGAGAGCAGCUGAGAGGGAGGGGGAAAACAACAUGGCCGGUAACCCAGAUACAGAAGAGACCCCCAGCGGAUUGAUGGAUCGCAGCGGCAGUUUCUUCAAGCUGAUUGAUACUUUUGCACUGGAGCUUGGGGAACUAAAGAAGGAAAUGGUCAAGAAAGAAGUGGACCAAGAGACACUGGACAUAACUGCUUUGGACAGAGACAUGAGCACUGUUCACCUGGAGCCUAGUCACCGUGGCGAUACCGGAGGUGAAAGGGACUCAGGGUAUGAUUCUCUGAGGCGGAGGAUGAGUGUUUUGGACAGAUUGACACAGACACACACAGUUUGGCUUCUUUUGUGUCUAAGUGAGGAGGAGGCGGGACAUAUCCUGCUCCAGCAACCUCCCGGGGUGUUUUUGGUGUGCAAGUCCCCCGCUCUGCAGAGGAAAGUGCUCUUAGUGAGAUUAAAGGAGGACCAGUCUGAAAACCCCAUCAGCCACUUUCCGGUCAGAGAGAGCCAGUACACUUUUUCCCUUGAGGGCUCAGCUAUUAGUUUUGCAGACCUGUUUCGCCUUGUGGCUUUCUACUGUAUAAGCAGGGAUGUGUUGCCCUUUACACUCAAACUCCCAGAAGCCAUUGCAUCAGCCAAGACACAGAAAGAGCUGGAGGAGGUGUCUCAGCUCGGGCCAGUGUCUCUCACAGAUCAGGUUCUGGAGAAGGCCAUGCACAAGUGUGUUUUAAAGCCACUGAAGAGCGUCAUUGAUGUGAUUCUAAGUGACUUCCAGAAAAGCAGUGGUGGUUGGCAGCAGCUGAAGGAGAACCUGGCCCUGGCGAAGUCCAAACGCCCACAGGAGCUGGGCGUGGACGGGGCUGCAGUACCUCCAGAUGCUGUGGUCAUAGAAAAGAUCAGACACAAGUUUAUGAACAUGAGAAAGAUGUACUCACCUGAGAAAAAGGUCUCCCUGCUGUUGCGGAUAUGCAAACUUAUCUACACUAUCAUGCAGGACAACUCAGGGAGGAUGUUUGGAGCUGAUGACUUCCUGCCCAUGCUGACCUAUGUCUUGGCCCAGUGUGACAUGCCUCAACUGGACACAGACAUCCAGUACAUGAUGGAGCUGCUGGACCCCUCUCUGCUUCAAGGGGAAGGAGGCUACUACCUGACCAGUGCGUACGGAGCCAUGUCUCUGAUUAAAAACUUCCAGGAGGAGCAGGCGGCCCGGGUUCUGAGCUCUGAGACCCGGAACACGCUUCACCAAUGGCACCAGAGACGCACUGCCCGUCGAUCUGCGCCCUCUGUGGACGACUUCCAGAACUAUCUCCGCGUGGCCUUCCAAGGAAUAGACACAGGAUGCAGCAAAACUCUCCUAGUACAUCCCUACAACACGACUGAAGAGGUGUGCUCCCUCUGUGCGUACAAGUUCAAGAUCUCAGACCCCGAGAACUAUGCCUUGUUUUUAGUUACGGAGGAAACAAGCCAGCAGCUCGCCCCUGACACACACCCUCAGAAAAUCAAGUCAGAACUGCACAGUCGACCAUGGACACAUGUUUUCCAUUUUGUCUACAGGAGGAUACCCAAUCUCAACUUGUGUAUGCCGGCGGUUAUUCACAAUGGUAAUGACUUUCAAUAGCAAAAGUUUAAAAAGGCACUUAGUAAGUUUUGAUAUGACAUGUUCUAUAAGUAAGUUUUGAAGGCAGAGUUAGGUAUGUUUUAAUGCAAAUGUAUGUACUUAAUUGAAAAAGCUGGGGGAAAAAAAUAAGUUUGAUUGGGCUUAAAAUUGCAAGUUUUCUAGCAGGGGUUCAUCUCAGCUCGCCUUAGUAGAGAUGUUAUUUAUUACUUUGCCUGGAAUGUUCCACCACAUGGCAUUAACGUAUCCAUCCAAGCCUUUAUUGCCAACAUUAAACAGUGGGCACCUGACCUACAACUUGGCCUGUUAAUGCCACCUGUUUGUCUCCAUGGUGAUAUAUAUUAUUAUUCCCAUACUGUGCAACAUUUUAGGCAAAGUACCACCAUCUCCAUGAAGAGAAGCUGCAUUCUCCAUCAGAAAGGUUGUGAACCUAUAGUAAUACCACAAAAAUCAGUCAGAAUGAUUAUUUCAAUAUUAUGGGCAGUGCCGUGUAUAUGUUCAGGGGAAAUGAUGUUGGGUGACUUUUAUACAAGAUUGUUAAUGGAGUAUUGGAUUGGUUUAUGCCUCAUAACCUGGGCUCGAAGGCUCAGAAUCAGAUUUUAUUCACACUCCCUGUAAAUGUACUGUAUGAACUAUGAGAUGUCCUCAGUCUACUUUAACGCAACUUUUGACUUAACAGUGUUUCAUGAGCUGAGUAACUGUUUAUAUCAAAUAGACCAAUAGUAUGUCAUAGUAUGUCAUCAAUGGCUUAAAUGUUUCAUUUGGACAUGGACUCCAUUUAAAUCUGAAUUCAAUUGGUCAGGAUUAUAACACUAAAGAAAUGGAGACUAAAUAUUUAUCUGUAUAUUGCUAUGAACUGUAGUGAUUUGAAGCUAGCACAAGCAGCUAGUGUUUUAGUCUCAUUUACACUGCUUUACUUCUCAGUGCAGUAAUGGCAGAAUGGUGGGCAAGUCUUUGCGCCCUCUGCUGGUCACUGUGGCACUGUGGAUUUUCCCCAUACAUCUAUUCUAGAUCAUUUUAAGGUGUAAAUUUACUGUACAAUAUCUAUGCUAUAGUGCCCAAAAACUAGUUGAAAAAGCCUGACAAAUGUACAAAUAUAUGAAAUAAAACAUUGCAUUAUAUAAUCUCUAGGCUACCAAUUAAAUUAAAAAGAAAACAAUAUUUCCGUUAACUGCUGCUGUCCAAGGAGCCUUUAAAUAAACUAAAAAUGCUGAAUGCUACUGCUACUUAGAUAUGAGACAGAUAACACAGGGCUAAAUGAUUAAAGAUCAUUUAUAAAAUUGUAAAUUAUUAUGAUUUAUUUGAUUAUCAUUAUUAUGUUCUUGCAAUUGCUGGACAAUUGUAACAUGUUUCUACAAAGAGGUAUUUUUAUAUUAAAAUCUUUUUCCUAUGAUGUCAUUUUGUAGGUAUCAAUACAUACCAUUUCUAUCAAACAAAAAUGACAUAGGCAGUGUGCUUUUUAGAUUUCUCAGUAAAACAGAUGUGUGUACUGAUGUUUAAAACAAUAUAUGUUUUGUUUUGGAUUUUCUGUUUCAAUCCAAUAAACCAAGAGACAUGA